UCCUCCUCCUGCCCAUCUGGGUAAAGAGGAGGAGGUCCACUUUGUUUUCAUGAACCAAUGAUACAGAGGCAGUGAGGGAAGAGAGACAGAGGGCUUCCAGUCGUCAAAUAUGCAAAGGAGCAAACAAACGGGCCAACCACCCCCCCAAGAGACAAACGGAUCUUCUCUGGACGUUCAGGUAGAAAUCAUCUUUAAACAUCUCCCAUCCCAGAUUGGAGACAAACCUGUUGAAGCGAGGAACGUAGUUACAUGGAAGCCAUGACAUCUAUGGCAUUGGGCUUCGUUACUGGCUUCUUCACAUACGAGACCACCAAGUCUGUGGUGGUGAAGAGCUGGUCUGUGGGGAUCAUCAACCGAAUCGUACAACUGCUCAUCAUCACCUAUUUUGUUGGUUGGGUUUUCAUUCACGAGAAGGCUUAUCAGGUGAUUGACACUGGGAUUGAGUCCUCUGUGAUGACCAAAGUUAAAGGCUUUGGUCGUCUGAACCAUCAAGUCAUGGAUGUGGCCGACUACGUCUAUCCUCCUCAGGGUUCAGGAAUUUUCUGCAUCAUGACCAGAAUCAUCGUCACUGAGGACCAGUUUCAAGGUCGAUGUGCAGAGUCUCAGCCAAACUUCAACUGUAGCACAGAUGAAGACUGUUAUUUGCAUAAAAACACCCUCCUGUCCAACGGUGUAAUUACAGGUGUUUGCCGUAAUGAGUCUGGGGGUCGCUGUGAAAUUGAAGGAUGGUGCCCAGCUGAGAAUGACGAUGUUACUAAUUCAACGACACUAGAUGUGCUAAACUUCACCAUCUUCAUCAAAAAUAGCAUUCGUUUCCCCCUUUUUAAUGUCACCAGGGGAAAUUUCCCUUCUUCUAUGACAUCCGAGAUGAUCAAGAACUGUGUCUACCAUCCGGAACAUAAUCCCUCCUGUCCCAUCUUCCGUGUGGGAGAUGUGCUGAACUACACUGGACAGGAUUUAACCUCCCUGACAGAGAAGGGUGGAGAAAUCGGAAUAAAUAUUGAAUGGAAGUGUAACUUUGACAGAGAUAUUGAGCUGUGUGUCCCCAAGUACUCCUUCACAAGACUGGAUGCCCCUUUCAUGAAGAACCAAGUCUCCAAGGGUUACAACUUCAGAUUUGCCAAAUAUUACAAGACAGAAAAUGGAACAGAAUUCAGGACUCUUCACAAAGCCUUUGCCAUCCGUUUUGAUGUCAUGGUUACUGGAAAUGCUGGAAAGUUCAGCACAAUCCCAACACUGAUCAACUUAGUUGCUGCAUUUACAUCCAUCGGACUGGGAACGGUCAUCUGUGAUAUCAUCUUACUAAACUUUCUGAAAGGAGCAAAGCAGUACAAAGCCAAGAAGUUUGAAGAGGUGUCAGAGUCUCAGAUAGAAACAUCUCCCAGUUUGGAGAGCAAGCCAUCAAUCAAGGAGGGAAUGAAGAGCUCCUGCGACUCCGGAGCCAUUUCCCUGUCCAUCUCUGACUGACACAACCAAAGUCUGACAGAAUGGAAGCACCUCCUCCUUUUGGAUAGCUAAGACGUUUCUACAGUGUGUUUUUUAGAAUGAUGAUGUAGGCAGGUUUAGUUUACAAAUACAUGCAAGGUUUGUCUGGAGGAUGUGUGUGUGAACAUUUAGAAGAACGGGACAUGAAGUAAUUACCACUGGCAACGCAUGUUUUUGGUUUCCAGUUUCUGAGCAGACUCUCAAAAGAAAACAAAAGUAAAUGUAUUUUGGUAUUAUGUUACGUAGUUCCACUAUUUUAAACUCUGAACUGUAGUAGUUUUUUCUUAAUUAAAAAAAAUCAUUAAAGCUAUACUUGUUGAUGUAAGAAUGGCGGGGGGAAAAACCAUUCGACUGUUGAGACUUUUUUUUUUCAUUGUUAUGUUUCUUAUUGUAACUGUGCGCACAUGUUGAACAACUGCCUGCAAUCUCAAAUAAACUGUUGAAGUCUAUACUUUGGGUAAA